AUCUAUACACUCUUACCCAAACCUUAAAUCUCACUAGCUCCAUUCGAUCCCUUUUUCGUUUGCUAGUUCAUUAUACAGGUGUUCGUGUCAUAAUGGUUAGCGAUGGCACACAAAGCCAAAAUCAACAAUAUGGCGUCGACAAGGCUUGGACAGGACACCUGAAUUCUCAGAAUCAGCCCUGAGUAAAGGUUCAAGUGUUGUGAUGAACGGAAGGGAGAUGGUUAAUCAUGCAUCAUGUGGUGGCGUUGGUAGCCGAAAGACAAGGGAGUACAUGCACUAAUUGGCCUUUGUUUUAUUGCUGAAUGUUAUGCGUCUUGUGUCCAAGGCUUGAUGCAAAACUACUAUCAAGUCGGUGGUCUAACUGGAAGCAGACUCUCUAUUCAUACGGGAUAGAGAUACGUCUGUCUAAAUCUUAUCUUUUUCAGACUUUAUUUAGCUUUGCUAUUGGUGAAAUUUACUAACUAUGAUGAUGAUGAUCUAGCCUUUUUUAACAUGUAACGAAAAUAAAUUAUAAGGAUUAAUAGCUACAAAAAUCGUAGAAAUUUUACAUUAUUACUUUUCUUUUUCCAUUAUUUAUAUAGCCUUUUUAUAUGGUAGAUGGACCCGAACUUUAAUACCCGGUACCCGAGUGUCUUUUCUCUCUUCUUUUAUAUUAAAGAGAACAUGAUCUCUUCUAUUAUAUUAAAGAAAACAUGAUAUAUCAUCAGGGGUGACACCACAACCAUGUGUCACAUUAAUCAUACCUUAAAUUUAGUGUUGUCAUGUAUACGAUAAUACACGAUACAUGAAAUUUUAUAUACGAAUACGAUACAAUAGGAUUUCCUGUCCAGUUUUCCAUAUACAAACACGAAAUAUUUUUUUAACAGGUAUAUACGAUAAUUACCUGUUAAUACCUGUCUACGAAUGUUUCAAUAAUUACAUAUCUAGGAACCUAUUUAGUGAAUCAAAAGUUGCCAAAAGUUCAUAAUAGGCUUAAAUAAUGCAUAAACGCAAGUUCACAUGGGUCUUUCUUUUCAAAUCUUCGAUUCAAAGUUCACAUGGCCCUUUCUUCUCGACGGCCGGUGGUUGGGGUGGUGUCGUUGGGUGGGAUGGGGGCUGGAGAGGGAAGAAUUAGGUUUUUUUUUAAUAUGUCAAUUGGAAUGGAAACGGGCCGGAAGGGUUAGGGAAACUAGAGAGAUAAGUAAUAAGAUCAAGUUUUCAAAUCACAUGGUCCUACUAAAUUAUAUUUUUUAUUAUAUUAAAAUUGUUAACAUGUAUUAACAGGUACUAAACAAGUAAACAUGUAUUUUAUCUGUUUAGACACGAAAAUUAACAGGUAUUUUCAUGUCUAUCUGUUUAGUACCAGUUACAUGUUAAGACCAUACACAAUACCGAUUAACUUCGUGUAAAUUCGUAUCAUGUAUUAGUGUACGUGUCUAAAAUUACCAGCCCUACUUAAAUUACUCAAUUAGGGUUUCACUACCCUAAAACUUUUUUUUAUCUAAAAAGACAUUCUUGUUCUUGAACAAAAUAGAGUAUGUCACAUCAUGUGUACUUUUUUUAACACCCAAAGACGUGUAUGUUGGGAAAGCUUCAAUAGGUACCAUCAAAAGUGAUUCUUAGAAAAGUUUUUCCUCUCAAAUUAUGUUUUCCGUUUUAUUUAUUUAUUUAUUUUUUGAUAACUUUGAACCAUAUAAAAAAUAGUGAUUCACAACCAAAACAUAUUCUACAAAAUUCCAACUCCAUCAUCGUCAUCAUCAUUGUCAGUUUCUCCAUCGCGUGAUUUGAAGAGAUCGAUGAAGACAAAAACUCAAAAAAAAUCAUCGGAAAUACGAAGAACAACUCGAAAAAUCAUCACCUUCUUUAGGUCUCCUACCCAACACCCUACCCGGGUAGCCCUACCCACACGACCCAGGUAAGGUAGGGGCUACCCGAAUGGAGAUCGGCAAAUGCUCCGACUCCCCUUAUUUUUCCUUCAACUAGGCUAUUUAAAAAUCAUGUAUUACAAAGUUAAUAUCACUUAAUUCUAUAAAAAUAAACUACUAUAAAUUCUCCUUGGGCGAUGACGCCUGAAACAUGUAAUAUGUAUUACAAAAUAAACAAAAACUUAUUCAUACAUAGUAUUACUACACAGAAGUUAUCAUGUAAAAUGAUAUGAACAUGUGUUUUAUAUCGAUCAAAAACCAUAAAACAAAUACCGACACUAGUACCAAUGAUGUUAUGCCGGUAUCAGUUCGGUUUGCUGAGGUACCAAGAACACCAUACCAAUUUUGACGGUUGACAACCGAAGUGAAAAGGAGAAAGCCAUCGACGCAUGGCUGCCGAUCACCUCAUCAAGAAACGCAAAAUGGUGGUACGCCGCCUUCCACAACGUUACCGCCAUGGUGGGAGCGGGUGUUCUCAGCCUCCCUUACGCCAUGUCCGAACUCGGAUGGGGUCCUGGUGUUGCAGUUAUGGUGAUAUCAUGGAUCGUAACUGUCUACACGCUAUGGCAAAUGGUCGAAAUGCACGAAAUGGUGCCUGGAAAACGAUUCGACAGAUACCACGAGCUCGGGCAGCAUGCUUUUGGUGAAAAGCUAGGUCUGUACAUUGUGGUUCCACAGCAGUUGGUUGUAGAAGUGAGUCUAUGCAUUAUUUAUAUGGUGACUGGAGGAAAAUCUUUACAGAAGUUUCAUGAUUUACUAGUUCGACAAGAUGAACAAAAAGACAUUAGACUUACCUUUUUCAUCAUGAUAUAUGGGUCUGUUCAUUUUGUUCUUUCGCAUCUUCCCAACUUUAAUUCGCUAUCUGGAAUCUCCUUGGCUGCAGCCAUCAUGUCUCUCAGUUACUCUACUAUUGCUUGGGGAGCCUCCCUGGAUAAGGGUGUGCAACCAAACGUGGAAUACGGCUACAAAGCUAAGAGCACGACUGGGACCGUGUUCAAUUUCCUAAGUGCAUUAGGUGACAUGGCAUUUGCAUACGCAGGCCACAAUGUGGUGUUGGAAAUUCAAGCCACCAUUCCAUCAACUCCGGAGAAGCCUUCAAAAGGUCCUAUGUGGAAGGGAGUGGUUGUUGCCUAUAUAGUUAUUGCCUUAUGCUAUUUCCCAGUUGCUUUUAUUGGAUACUGGGUGUUUGGAAAUGGGGUUGAUGAUAAUAUCCUUAUUACUUUAGAAAAGCCCACAUGGCUAAUUGCCAUGGCUAAUAUGUUCGUUGUAGUUCACGUUAUCGGUAGUUACCAGCUCUAUGCAAUGCCGGUAUUUGAUAUGAUGGAAACCUUGUUGGUAAAGAAGUUGAACUUUGCCCCUAGCUUUAUGCUUCGGUUUAUCACAAGGAAUGUGUAUGUUGCAUUCACAAUGUUCGUAGGAAUUUGCUUCCCUUUCUUUGGCGGACUACUUGGAUUCUUUGGAGGACUUGCAUUUGCCCCAACAACAUACUUUUUGCCUUGCAUCAUGUGGCUUUGCAUAUGUAAACCUAGAAGAUGGAGCUUAUCUUGGUUUACCAAUUGGAUCUGUAUUGUACUUGGAGUUGUUUUGAUGGUGGUAGCACCUAUUGGGGGGUUAAGAUCGAUCAUCGUUCAAGCCAAAACCUAUAAGUUUUUCUCAUAAGCAUCAAGUUACGUCUGGGAUUUAGCCUGUGAUGAUAAUAAACGCUGCUCAGGAAAUGUUAUAGUUAAAAGAGUGCGCGUGUUUAGUUCUACCAAAGAGUUACCUGCACAAAGUUCAGCUAUAAUCUUCUACUUAACAAGUUAUUGUAUCUGUUCCAGCUUUGCUUGUAAUAUAUGGGAAGAUUUUAUCAAAUACAGAGGGAUGAUAUUUACAUGUUUACACUUAUAAAUGUUUACACGCUACACUUUUCCAAUGUUUAUUCUAA